AUGGAGCCUAGAUACUUGCCCAACAGCGACACACCGCUGUCAACCGUCCCGUCAGGCGAGCCGACGAGUCACUUGAGAGAGGCCCUCGAGGAGAUCAUCGCCAAAUUGCCCCCUCAGCAACAUUACACGGGCAACAAUGACGUCCUCAAGGGCCUCUGGGCAGGCCCAACCGGCUUCGCCUACCUGUUCCUCCAGGCCUCCUCGAGGUGCCCUCGCCUCAAGAUAGCCGGCCGCCACGCCAUCACCUGGGCGCGCAGGUACAUGGACGGCACCAGAGGCCACCUGAGCCUCGGAUCCCGGUGCGGGCUGUCGUGCGAGAAGCUGGCCUGCGACGCCGUCCAGGCCUGCAUCACCAAGGAUGCGGCCUACGUCAACGCCUUCCUCUCCAGCCUGCCAGAGGUCCUGGCCCCUGGCGGGUCGUGGCCGGACGAGAUCCUGCAGGGUCGAGCCGGCACGCUCUACAUGUUGCGGAUGAUGCGCCACUGGGUCCCCGACACCGAGGUCCACGUACUGCUGGACCGGUCAGUCGAGUCCGUCGCGACGGCCAUCUUGGCGGAUGGCCCAGAGUGGAAGUGGCACGGGAAACGUUAUCUUGGUGCUGUCCACGGCGACAUUGGCAUUGUCACACAGCUUGUCCUCACCACGCCGUCGCUGGCCACCCGCGUCGAAGGCAAGAUGAGGGACCUGCUGGGCUCCCAGCUGGCUAAUGGGAACUGGCCGAGCUCGGUUGGGAAGACGGAUGCCUCGCUCGUGCAGUUCUGCCACGGCGCCCCAGGGUUCCUGCAUUCCCUAGCAUCACUUAGGCCCUACUUCCCCGGCCUUCGGCAAGAAAUAGAUGCGAGCGUCGACAAGGCCCGUCAGUGCGUCUGGAGAGAGGGCCUGCUUCGAAAGGAGCCCUCCCUGUGCCAUGGGAUACUCGGGAAUGCCCUGUAA